AUGAAAUACUCAUACGCUCUUGUAUACUUGAUCGUCUUAAUUUUCUCAACCUGUGUGUUCUCUUCCCACGAGCCAAAUGGAAAAAUUGUUUUGACUUCUCCUGGUGAAGGACCAUUUAAAUAUACAUCAGUUCAAGCUAUUACCUGGAAUGCCAACCUAAAAGAUGUCGAAGACCCUUAUAAUGCACAUACUACAUGUCAAGUGAGUGUUUGUGUCGCAAGUGAAAAAGAUGAAUACGGUUGUUAUACAUGUGAAGAAGAACCUAUCUGCACUGAAGAAAUUCGUUAUACUUACGGUUAUGCUCAAUUCACCGUUGACGAUCGUUUCGAUACAGAAACUGAUUACAUUGCUGUAGUUGAAUUUAAACAAGGAGAACUCUAUUACAUAGGAACAUCUCCUAUCUUCACUAAAAAUACGACUAAAGAAUUUCAAUCAGCGAAUGCCAUCGUUAAUUUUUACAAACCAAAUUUCAUCAAACGACCUUACUCAAGAUCCUAA